GGUUGCCUCGUCUUGCUGCAACCACGAGGUCACCCAAAAGUUUGGGUCGCUCUGCAAGGAGGUGCGCCUCUCGCGUGGAAAUCUGUCAUACGAUUUACGUAUCGGCGGAUUCUUUGUGCAACCCGGCAGGAUGCAGCUCGCCUUCUGACAAGUGUCUAUGCGUGA